AAACAUCCGCUAAUAAAACACGCAGGACAUCCUGAGCAAACAGGCCGCUCUUCAUCAUCAUCAUCAUCAGUGUGAGAAGCAGACAUGUGCUGUAGAUUACUGCUGAUAUCAGGCUGCAUAUAUAAAGCUGAAGCUCUGAGGAGAAGCUCAUAUUGUGGACUCAUGAUGAUGAUGAUGAAGAUCCUCCUGCUGUCCGUCUUCAUGCUCGCGGCUCCGGCUCAGGCCUGGCUGUCUUUGGAGGACUGGGGCUCGGGCAGUGUGGACGGCUCCAUCGGGGACUUGGGCCAGUGUGUCUGUAAUGUGUUCCUGCCUGACACUUCAUUCCCAGCGGACCGGAUGGAGCAGAUGCAGAGCUCCUCCAAACAGCUGGCGGUGGAGGUCCAGAUCCACAUCAGCAAGCUCAGCAGCCUGAAGGUUGAGCUGGUGGUUCUCCUGGAGAGUCUCUCCAACCUGACGGCCAGGCUGGAGGUUCUGGAGAGCGGACCGGACAAAUACAUCAAGCUGGAGUUCGAGCUGCUGCGUGUGGAGCUGAGGGAGUUCGAGGCUCUGGUCACGCAGAUCAAAACAUCACUGAACUCCUCCUCCAGCGCCUUCGACAGUCUCUACGCUGAGAUUCACAGCAUGAGGAUAAUUGUUGACCAGCUGGAGAGUUACGACCGCAGUAAUCUGGAGGUGAUUCGCCAUGAGUUCACCAAACUACAGCGCAAACUGAAGAAAUGCCAGGAGGACCAGCAGGACAUCACCAACGCUCCCAUCGGGUCCUGUAAGCAUGCUGGUAUUCUCAAGAUUGGAAAGCCUGUGGUGAGCCAGCUGAACGCAGACCUGAACGGAGCCUUCAAGUAUGGUGGAUGGGGAAAGGACUCCAAGCCCUUGUCCGGCUCAGAGAGCAUGUACUGGUACUCGGGCAGCUCAGACACGCUGGUCAGCAAAAUCUCGCAGUACUCGGCCUACUACACACUGAUCACCAGGCAGAGCUUUAAAGCUCAUCUGCUGUAUGUGGAUCGCCAGUACGACUGGCGCGGAGCUGGAAACAACUAUGUAGUGAGGGAAAACAACCUGUAUUAUCAGUACAGAAGCCCUUUCGCGAUGGCAAAGUUCAACAUGACCAGUGCAAAAGUGGAGACCAAGGUGGUUCCCAAAGCCAGCACACAAUUCUCCUACCAUUACUCCAUCAACCAGAACCUGGACUUCGCCGCUGAUGAGUCCGGCCUGUGGGUGACGUACGCCACGGCGGACUCCAACGGUACACUAGUCCUAGGGAAGAUCAACGAACAGUCGUUUACAGUGGAGGAGGUUUGGCAGACCAGCAUAUUCAAGCAGUCGGUCACCAAUGCCUUCAUGAUAUGCGGCGUUCUGUACGCGACCCGCUCUGUAGACACCCACACCGAGGAGAUCUUCUACACUUAUGACACGACUAAAAACCAGGAAAGCCACGUUAGCAUUCGCUUCGAGAAGUUCCAGGACUUCUAUGUGUACCUGGACUACAAUCCCGCCGAUCAGAAGCUCUACAUGUUCAAUAAUGGCUACUAUGUGACGUACAAUCUGAAGUUCAAGGUUGUUUAGGAAGGAUCAGUGCGUUCAGGACUGACCGUAUGCAUGGCGGAUGCGUCCGGUAAAUGUCACUUGUUUGUGUGCAGUGUCUUGGUGCUAGGGGACCUCAUAUGCCUGUUUAUACAAGAUGUCAAAUAAGUUUCUGAUGUGUCUAGUGUGUGUGUGUUCAGUCUGAGCUCAAAAUAACACACAGAUAAUGUUCUCCAGCUCUCUGAAACUCACCCUUUUAGGCUUUGAUCCUAAUUGAGGUGUUUUGGUGACUGUCCCUUUAAAUUCAAAUGAGAUUGUGAUCUUUUCAGAAGAGGGCGGAGCUACAAAUGCCUGUGUGUCAGCAUAGUGACAAACUCAAAAACAAGACUAAAGCUCUAUGCUAAUGAGAGAGAGAUGGACACUAGUGGGCGGGGCUUUCCCACUCUGAUGACAUCAUACAGAGGGAGAAUGUCAAUCAAAGUGUUUCUGCAGACUGUUUUUAUCAAGUCUGAUAAGUCUUAUAAUAAAUACAAUUAACUCAUGUUAACCAUUAGAGGCUGGAUAUAUUCACACACUUCUGACACACAACUGGGGUUAAACCUCUUAUGAAAGUCAUUUAUACAUAGUAGGUGCCCUUAAACACCAACCAGAAUCUGUAACUGAGUAAAUGAGAUGCAAGACAUGUUUAAAUUAAACUGCAUUGACGGGACAACAGCUAAACGGAAGCAAGAAAUUCAGCAACCAUAAUGACACCGUGUAAGUGCUGUGCCAAUCCUGUCAAUACUGCAAACUCUAUAUUCUUGUAUGACAUUUAAAUAUUUUGAAUACAUACAAAGAGAGACAAAAGAAACUUUGACAUUAGCCCUCAUUUCUGCAGUGUCACAUUUUACAUAUUUAAAUAACAAAUUAUAUAUUAUUAAUGAAAUUAUGAGCUGACACUUUACCAGGAAAUCAGGAAGUAGCCAUGCUGAUGGUCAGUUGCCUGAACAGUUUGAUCCUUUCUGCGACAAAUGCAAAGAUUACAAUAAAGUUUUACACAAGCAUCAAAA